ACUCCAGUCUUCAGCAACCACUCCUCUCCUCCUCCGCCGUCUCUUAACGCCGUUAGUCACCGCCACCGUCGAUCAGAAGCUUCACCAUGGCCCCGAUCGCCGUCGGCGACUCCCUGCCGGACGGUACUCUGUCCUACUUCGACGAGCAGGACCAGAUGCAAACGGUCAACAUUCACUCCCUCGCCGCCGGCAAGAAGAUCAUCCUCUUCGGCGUCCCCGGCGCCUUCACCCCCACUUGCAGUUUGAAGCAUGUUCCUGGAUAUAUUGAGAAGGCGGACGAGCUCAAAUCCAAGGGUGUUGACAAGAUUCUGUGCCUUAGUGUGAAUGACCCUUUUGUGAUGAAGGCAUGGGCUAAAACCUACCCCGAGAACAAGCAUGUCCUGUUCCUUGCUGAUGGCUCAGCUAAAUACACCCAUGACCUUGGUCUUGAGCUUGACCUUUCAGAGAAAGGACUCGGAACUCGUUCCAGGAGGUUUGCUCUCUUGGUUGAUGACCUCAAGGUGAAGGCUGCAAAUGUUGAAUCUGGAGGAGAAUUCACUGUCUCUAGUGCUGAUGACAUCCUGAAGGCUCUUUGAAGAGUUUAGAAUGUCUCCCCUUUAGCUUUGCUUGAUCCUUUCUGUAUGAGACCUGAUUAUCACCUGAACCUACUUUUCUGUGUUGUCUCCAGUCUUCUAGUAUAGUCUGGUUGCAUAUUACGUAUGUAGAUCUUAAACCUCAGGCUUAACAGAAUGGUUUAAUGAAAAAUAAAGAGCAUUUUGGAUUUGCAUAAGGUUACUUACUUUGCAGGCA